AUGAAGUCUGCUCUUUCUGUUGUUGUUGCCGCUGCCGGCGUGCAGCAGGCUGCUGCUACUUUCGGCCUCUUGGGCGGUGGUGGCAUUUCUUUCAAUUUUGGUUUGGAUUGGUCUGGUGCAAAGACUUUCCCUUGCCCUGGCAACGUUGUCAACAAGUGUACUCCUGAGCAGGAAAAUGAUUGGGACUGGAGUGACGUUGCGACUGGCUCCCUCAACACCUACGCUGGCUUCAACUUCGGUGGCGGCUGGUCUUGCGAGAGCAACUUUGGAAAGCGCGGUGAUAUCCAGGGCCGCACUUUCGGUCUCGGAAAGGUCAUCUCCGGUUCCUGCAAUCAGGGAGAUGAGGCUGGUCUCUCCAUUGGUGUUGGUGCCAGUGCUGGUAUUGAUGCCUUCUCCAUUAACAGCUUCGACAUGUCGACCGAGUUCGACGCCCGUCUCGAAUUCCACUACGAUAUGCCUGACGGAAGUGUGUGCAAGCAGACCUCGGAUUGCAAGCGAGGUGGAUCGACUAUUGUCAACAACCAGUGCGGCGGUGCUAAGAAGGUUCGGGUCAUCUACCCCAAGCAGAUCAUCCACAAGGGAAUCUCCUUCAGCAAGAAGUGCAAGAUUUCUUGCCACAAGAUCAAGUGGCACUGCGGCAAGCCCACUCCCAAGCCCAGCACCUCUGUUCUCACACUGCCUAGCACCUCUACCCAGGUGAUCCAGACUACUCCUGUCACCACUCUGCAGACAUAUACCACUCCUUCUCAGCAGACUACUCCCGAAAAGCAGACCACUUCCAGCAAGGAGACUACUACCUCUGCUCAACAGACCACUCCUGGAAAGGAAACCACUCCUGCCCAGCAGACUACUCCCAGCAAGGAGACUACCCCCGUCCAGCAGACCACAUCUAGCAAGGAGACCACACCUGCUCAGCAGACCACUCCUGGAAAAGAGACCACCCCCAGCCAGGAGACUACGUCCGCUCACCAGACAACCCCAGGCAAGGAGACGACUCCCGCCCAGCAGACCACUCCCAGCAAGGAGACUACUCCUGCCCAGCAGACUACACCUGGGAAGGAGACCACGCCUGCUCAGCAGACUACUCCCGGCAAGGAGACUACUCCCGCCCAGCAGACCACUCCUGGACAGCAGACCACACCCAGCCAGCCGACUACUGCCGCCACCACCACUCCUGCCACUACGUUUGUCACUACCUACGACACCACCUCUACCGUCUUCACGACCUCCACCAAGACCAUCACAAGCUGUGGACCUGAAGUCACCGAGUGCCCUGGCAAGACUGGACCUCACAUUGUUACUGUUACUAUCCCUGUGAGCACCACUAUCUGCCCAGUUACGGAGACCCGUACCCAGUCCCAGGGUGUCCCUACGACUGUCAUUCUGCCCUCCAAGUCUGAGACUACCAUCAAGGAGCAGCCCACCCCCGAGCAGCCUACCGGUGAGAAGCCCAACCCGGUCACCAGCCAGCCUCCUCAGUCUACUCAGACUCCUCCUUGCCCUCCUGUUGUUCCCAGAUGUCUCAACACCUUCGUGGACCUCAAGGCCAAGUGCGCGGACAACAAGGAUGCCUCUUGCUUCUGCCCAGACAAGGACUUCGUCAAGAACAUCUUCGACUGCAUUUACGCCCACGGUGAGAGCGACAACGUCAUCUCCGAGGCUAUCUCCUUCUUCCAGGGUAUCUGCGGACGCUACAUCCCUGAGAACCCCGUCAUUGCCACUGGUGCCGAGACCAUCACCCAGAUCAUCACUGUCACUGGUACUCCUCACAUCACCCAGGUUCCUUAUACCACUGUCGUUGUCGCUACCACAAUCACCGAGAACAGCAGCACCCAGACCAUCUCGACGGAGGUCACCAUUCCUAACAUCGUCAUGCCUACUCCCACUGGCGGUGUCCCCAACCAGCCCGCCGCCACCGCGUCUGUUCCAGCUGGGCAGAACCCUCCUCCUGUCACUGGCCAGAACCCUCCCCCAGCUGUCACCGAUCAGAGCCCUCCCCCCGCUAUCACGACAGGCACUGGUGGUGUGAUUCCUCCCAAGCCCACGGGCUCAGUGCCUGUUACUGCCGGCUCUGGACGUGUCGGUGCCGGCCUGGGCAUGGUCCUGGCCGUCGCUGCUUUCGUCGCCGCUCUGUAA